CGGCCGCCCGUCCGCCGCUGCCCCCCCGCGCCCCCGCCCCGAGCGCAGCGGGAGCCGCGGCGGCCGCAGCCGCGUUGCGGCGGGGAGGUGGGAGCCGCGCUUGGCAGCCGGGAGAGGGAACGUUAUAAAAAGCCUUUGUCUCGGGACUCAGCAUCGCAUCUCUCUCCUGCCGCCCGACGUGCUGCCGGCGGGGGCGAGAGCCACAUUUUCGGCUCGUUUGUUCUUUUCGCCGCCCCAGGCAUGUCUUGACACAGCCGCGAGAGAGAGCCCGGCGUUUCCGUGCACUUCCGACGGAUGUCUCCGGCUGGGGCGAGAGCGGUGGGGGUUUGAGACUUGGUAGCGUAUCUCGGUGCGAGCGUCUGUGAGAUUCCCAUGAUCGCGGUGUGAAGGAGGAAGGACGGGAAGAAAGAAGCGGUUGUGUUGGUUUCUCUUCUUGCUGGGUCAGCCUUCCUGGAUGGUUGCGCUACUGUCUUGUGGACACAUUGUCAAGCGCGCACAGAGAAAGAGGCUUGAUUAUUCCCCCCCGUGUUUGGUUUUCGUCGUGAUCUCUGUGCAGAAAUCCGCACUUUUCUCCCAGUUCGCCGGUCCGCACUGAGCAGCAGGAAUAUGCUCAUGAAGGAGUACCGGAUCUGCAUGCCUCUGACAGUUGAAGAGUACAGGAUUGGCCAGCUGUACAUGAUCAGCAAGCACAGCCAUGAGCAGAGUGACCGAGGGGAGGGGGUGGAAGUGGUGCAGAACGAGCCCUUUGAAGACCCCAACCAUGGCAAUGGGCAGCUGACAGAGAAACGUGUCUAUCUCAACAGCAAACUGCCUAGCUGGGCUAGAGCAGUCGUUCCCAAAAUAUUUUAUGUUACAGAGAAGGCCUGGAAUUAUUAUCCUUACACAAUCACAGAAUACACAUGUUCCUUUUUGCCUAAAUUCUCCAUUCAUAUAGAGACGAAGUACGAGGACAACAAAGGAAGCAACGACAGUAUUUUUGACAAAGAAGCAAAAGACCUGGAGCGAGAGGUUUGCUUUAUUGACAUUGCCAGCGACGAAAUUCCCGAGCGCUACUACAAGGAAUCAGAGGAUCCCAAAUAUUUCAAGUCACAGAAGACUGGGAGAGGCCAAUUGAAAGAAGGCUGGAGAGAGACCCACCAGCCAAUUAUGUGCUCCUACAAACUUGUGACUGUGAAAUUUGAAGUCUGGGGACUUCAAACCAGAGUAGAGCAAUUUGUACACAAGGUGGUCAGAGACAUCCUGUUGAUCGGUCACCGGCAGGCGUUUGCCUGGGUGGAUGAGUGGUACGAUAUGACUAUGGAUGAUGUUCGAGAAUACGAGAAAAAUAUGCAUGAAAAAACCAACAUUAAAGUUUGCAACCAACAUUCAUCUGCUGUGGAUGAAAUAGAGAGCCAUGCCAAAGCAAGAACAUGACAAUGGAUGAAGUCCGAGAGUUUGAACGAGCCACUCAGGAAGCCACCAACAAGAAGAUCGGGAUUUUCCCACCGGCAAUAUCUAUCUCUAACAUUUCCAUGCCUUCCUCAACCCGCAGUGCUCCAUCUAGUGCUCCAUCAACUCCUCUCUCCACAGAUGCUCCCGACUUCCUAACAGUUCCCAAAGACCGGCCUCGGAAAAAGUCUGCUCCAGAAACUCUCACCCUUCCAGAUCCAUCCAAAAAAACCUUUUAAAUUAACCCUGCAUGUUUCCUCCUGAUAAGCCAUGUCUGCCACAGCAAGAGUGACAUAACUCAAUUGCUACAAAGGUCGUGGUGAUUUGUUGGUUGUUUUUUUUUUUCUUGCUUAAAAUAAUCUUCCCGGUGUGGAAAGGUGACUUCUUUCCUCAGACUCGAUCCUUAAAACCUUCUGAGAAGUGCAUGCACGAGAACGUAGUUUAUAUAUUCCUAAAGUAGUGUUUCAAGCCAUAUGGUGCAUCUUACUGACAUCCAUGGAAAAGUCUGAGGGGAUGCUCUAAAUGAAAAUCAAUCCUCCUGUAGCAGAGUCCUGCCUGCAAACCCUCAUCUAGGUCACAGCAUUUAUAAUUAGGAGUAGGUAUUUAGUAAAGCUGCCAAGGACUUCUGAGGCAAAUUAGUGCCAACUCAAAUGCAGGGUUAAGAGGAAAAAAAAAACAACCCUUCCCAUUUUCUUCUUUUAUAGCUGAUUUUAAAAUCCUUCCUACUCUCAGGCUUCUCCUGUGUGUUUAUAAACCUUUGACCUGUAACUCAUUGUACUGGAACACCAACAGAUUCACAUUUCUCUCAAUAUGACUCAGGAUUUGGGGCCUAAAACGCAAAACACAAAUCUUUUCAAACCUAAAGUAUCACUGUAUCAAAGCCCCAAUUGUAAUUAAUUAUACUGACUUUGAGGCCAUUGAACUAUUUCUAUCUUGCACAGAAUUUGUAAAAGAAACCACCUAUUUCUUGUAGAUAAUGUAUUUUACUAGCUCUGCCCUGUCCCUUUGUGAGCGCAGAGUCCGUGCUGGUGUUCAUCAAUGGUGUUCUGUGCUUGAGGUUGACAAAAAGCAGCUAAAAUGUGCCAGUUGAGAAGCAAAACCAAUGAAUUCUGUCUUUUCCUUGCUGGAAGAAGAGUAGUAGUCAGGCUGUGAAACCUUGGAUGUAAAGGAAAGAAAAUAUGAGGCUCUUUUUUCUUUCCCUGCCUCACAUCUUUCCUAAACAGCACAAUCUCCUGGAUCAUCUGGGGAAGGGGGGGGACAAAAUCAGUCACUUUAAGAAGCAAACGAACCGUGGGUGACCUUGAGGAAUCAGGAGUGUUCCUCCUGGUCUGGCUGUGCAAUCACUCUUCAAUCUCAGGAAUUCAAAUGUAGACAAGAAUGUUUCCCAGAGGGAAGUGUAGGUUGUGGAAGGAGGAGUAAAACAAGUGGCAGGAGGGUUCUCUUCCUUCCUUCCAAUUCAAAGUGUGAACUCGGUGAGACCCUUUCCCUGCUGACCCUGAUUUGGGGCACUUUGCUCUCUUCCCACACAAGUUUGGUGGCUGCUGGCAGGACCUGUCUCCUGGUAGCUGUUCAACAAGCUGCUGUUCAAUCCGCAGGGAAUGACAGCUCCCACCUGGAUCAUGGCCAGAGCAGGUGAUGUUUUGUACCACUGCUGACCUGGGGCAUUGAAACAAGAGAGUCCUGCAGAGCUGAGCUGUCACUGAAUAUUGAACAAUCAGUUUGGGGGUGGCCCCUCACCUGGGCAGGAGGUCACAGUGGCUGGAAUGCACGGAACUCCUGGAUGGAUGCAGCUGCAGUCCAACUUAUGUGGAAUGUGUGGCAUUUAGGGGGUAGUUUUAGUAGCAGGAGAAGUAAUUCCAUUGCCAACCUGCACUGAAAACAGGUGUAUAUUUGUCUGAUAGUGACAAUCCUGUAGCCAGCAAAAUCCAGGAACUCUCUGAGGGUUUGACUUCCUCUGUUCUCCCAGUCCUGCCCAUGCUUGGCUUUGCUUUUCUUCCCAAAGCUGGGAAUUCCGAGGGAUUGGUACCUGAUGGGUGAUGGUUGGUUUGUUUAAAAAGCAGCUGCCGUAAUGAUGCAAACCAAACUUUCCUGCUUUGGUUUAUGAUUUCACUUUAACAAGGGUGCAGAUUAUACAAUCAUGAUUAUAACUGCUCUAAUCUGUUUUUAUCAUUAUUAAUUAGUAUCACAGUUGGAACAUUGAAAUGAAGAGGAAGGUCUGAGUACUUCAGUGCAACACCUUGAGGCAAAGGGGUUGUUUUCAAUACUGACUUUUCCCAGUCAGCUUUCUGUUGUAUUUUCCAACAUGUUUAUUAGGAUUAAAAUAGAGAGAGUUUUGCAGGUGUUCCUCACUUCUUUUGCAAAAGUACAAGCUGUGAUUAUUUUCUGAGUACAUCUUCAGAGCAUGAUGCCAGGCACCACAGCCGUGUUCCUGUUCUCUGCCACAGGGACAGGAAUUCCAGGAUACAGCUCUGCUAGGACUUGGCAAGGAAUUUUUUAUCAAGAAUACAGUUCAGAGGGAAAAAUGUGCUUAGUUUGUUCGGGUUUCUAUGAAAACCUGCUCCCAGCUCUGCUUGUGCUUUGAUGUAUUUGGGUUAGAACAAUCGUGGCAAAACAACUGGCAAUUCAGUGAAGCUUCAGAAGGGUUGAUCUCCUAAUAAAUCAAAAGGAGAGGGACCCAGAAAGGCUGUGAGGAGCAGCACAUUCCUGAAACACGUACUUAAUGGGACUUCUUAUGAAUGUAAUGGUCAAUUUUGUAAAUGACUGGAUGAAUCCUAUGGAAAGAAACUAUUUGACCUUAUUCUUUGGCUUUUUUUGAUUAUUCUGGAAGGUGAUUUUGUGACAUCUAGUAGCCAAUUUGCAUUAAUUGCUGCUGUAGAGACUUUGAAACUGAAAUAUUUGUUCCUUGAAUUUCAGUUUGUAACAAGACCGCUGUACUUUGUUAAAACUGCUUUGAAGCUUGCUGCACUAUAACUUCAAACUGAUGUGUUAUCCUUUGAAAUAAGCCAAAUGUAUAUGCUUUUUAUCAAAUAGUGAGUGCAGUAAGAGAGAGUUCAUGAUCUUGUCGAUAGGAGAUUUUCUGUUGCCAUUGUUUGGACUUGGUUUUCUAUGUGUAAGUUAAAAUUGCUAAAUAAGUCUAACGAUGUUUUGCUUUAAAUGAACAGCAUGGUCAUUGAAUUACGAUCUCCUGUAGUUUUGUGGUGUCACUAAAACAGGUUUUCAUUGGUUUAUUUCAUUUCUGUGAUAAUUUCUGUAUGUCCAGUAAUCCAUUUCUUUAAUUUAGAGCACUGAUGGCAACAUCAGGCAAUGCAUCACCACCAUCCAAGAAGGACCAAGUCUUGAUUUGCUCUGCAUGUUAAAUAGUGCAAGGCUCAGCAGGAGAAUUUGACUGUCAUUUUUCUCAUUCAUAUCACUUAGUUUCUGGUUUUUUCCGAGUUAUUUAUUAUUUUUAAUAUUGUAUUUUCCCUUGCAUUUUGUUGUAAAUAAACUACCAACAACUAUUCUUUACAA